AUGUCCGUCCCCGACCCAAACUUGGCCCAAAUCUGGGAACAAAUGGGUCCGAAGCGGACGCUCUACUGGACCGUUGUCGUCCGCUCGUGUCCGCCUCUGGUCCCACCUAGCAGUGACCACGCACGAGCUGGCGUCAGCCUCCACAACCACCGCGAAGAGGAGCGAGGCACUGGCGAGGCCACUGGGAGAUCUCCACCGCCGCGCUCGCUGCCCACUGCCACUUCCUGCUACUCCUCUUGGCGCUCGCUGAGUAACUGGAGGAGACGCGCCGACCCGGUCUCGACCUCCUCCUCACGCUGGCGAGAAGUGCCGCCGCCGCCGCCCCCCGGCGACCCCCAGGCUCCUCGCCGCCGUCGGCUACGAGCUCCGUCGUUGACAACCCGCCCCGGAUCCGGCCUCGGAUCUCCCUAUUUCGGCCGGUCCCCGCCAGGGCUGCCUCGCCGGAGCCCCUCCCCAAGCAGCGCCGCCGUCCCUGCCUCCUGCUCGUGCGCGACGAGGGGAUCUGGCAAGCCAGAUGCUGGCAUGCGCGCGGAGGGUGCGAGCGCGGAUCUGCGGGCUGCUAGCGCGGGUGGGAGCCAUGAGGACGGAGAAAGAUGUCCCCAACGCGGUAGCUCGCUGGGAGAGGAGGGGCGGCGGGAGGAGGUGCCGGCUGACACGGAGGAGCGCCACCAUGUCCUUCUGUAAAGGGCCAUGAAAGAACCCAGACUCCUUCUGCGAGGACGACACCCCCAGUCUGGCCACUUCAAGUGAAGAAGAGGAAGAAGAGUAAGGACUAGACUAGUAUCUUGUUGUCGGCUUAUAUAUUCCCUAUGUUUGAUACUUUCUCAUUAUUACAUAUAGCUGAUAUAAUGUUGUCUCUUAAUGAUUAUCUGGUGUCGUUUACACAUUUGGUUACCUCGACUUUGUGUUCUUUAGGCAGAGGAUAUGACAUGUGUGAACUUAAUGCUAGGCCCCUUUCGGUUUUC